UUUCCGAAAUUCUUAUGCAGAGAGGUUGAUUUUUUACGUUAAGAAGGAAAUUCUACCAAUUUUAAAUAAUUUUGGUAAAAUUAGAAUUUGUGUAAAGUGUUCCCAUCUAGUGAUAUUGAUGUAUUGUGUAUUUCGCCUGGGUGCCGGUAGAAGAAAGCUGGCUCCUGUAUCGCCAUAUUGAAAACGGGAUUCUCAGACAGGACAACCUGCACCAAAUGCAAAAAUUAUCGGCAUGGUUUUAAUUAGCAUUUUGGGGGUGUAAAACACGCGAGAAGGGCUGUAACUUCGCAGCGCGGGGCAAAAUUAUUUCAACCGGCAGGUGGUGUGCCCUAACUGUCUAGUUGGUGGAGUCUAAGUAGCGUCUGUAUGACUGGAACACAUACAGAGAUACACAUUCAAAUUAUUCUGUCCCAUCCGCUCCUCUCAACCUAUACGCCCCCCUCCGCAGGGUAGGCGGGCAACUCAGCACCAAGCUAGGCAGACGAAUAAAAAUGAAGUGAUUUUAGAGUUACAUCUGUGAUUUAAAGCCGAAAUAUGGCCAAAGUUUUAAACAAAGACCCCGCAGUUUAUUCACAGGAACAGGAAAAUUUUGUACGAGAAUUACGAAAGUUUCAUGAACAAAAAGGGACGAUUUUCCGGCAUAUUCCCUGUAUCAACGGACAUGAAAUAGAUCUGUAUUUGCUGUACUGGUUAGUCACUGCUCAAGGAGGAUGGGAGAAGGUUAACAGUAGUAAUGGCUGGGAGGACCUUCUGGAGUUUUUUGGCCUUGAAUCUGGGACUACCAAUGGGUCGCUAGCUCUCAAGCAAACUUAUCUUAGGUAUCUCGAUACGUACGAGAAGUAUUAUUUCCUUGGUGAAGACGAAGAUGACGACAAUUCGUCAUUUUUUGACGAAGAAGACAGUAGGACAAGACGACACAGACAUCAGAGAAUCGUCUCUACGGUCCCAGCAACUUAUAAUGAAAAUCAACACAGAGUUUCAGAUACUGUACGGAACCAUUAUGGUAUGAGUACUGAUCUAUACGAACCUACAGAUUAUGAUCGUCUCACACUCUCCCUCCUCUCCCCUCUACCCAACGAGCAGGACUUUGCGAUCAACGUGGCGACCCUGCUCAGCAACGAGGGGAGACACACCUUGAAGCUGGGCAGAUGUCCGCGCCUUCUGGAUCUACUUCUCUCACAUGCUGGAGUCUUUAACCAUCACAACCUUCGGAACUACAUCCAUGAGAACUACACAACGGUACGCAACUACAACCAAGUUAAGUUCUGGAAGGAUGUGUGCCGUAACUCCGCCGUUCUUGAGCUUAUUUACGACGAGAAAAACUUUUACCCGAAGCCCAGUGAGACGGUAAACUUCUUUGCGGAGGAAUAUAGCGUGGAGUACACAGAGAAAAGCGCACAGGGUCGUCUCGAACAGCUCAAAGCGCGUGCACGCCAUGAAGUAACAGACAGUGAUGCUGAACUGUUUGCUGUCGGAAGAUCUGAGGGAACCAGGGAGCCGACGGGGCAACGUGUUCUUCAGAUCGCAACAAUAUUAAGAAACAUUUCAUUCGAGGAGGAGAACGUGUCCGUCCUGGCUAAGAAUCUAACCCUUCUCAGGUUUGUCCUCCUCUGUGUCAAUUCCUCCUGGAGUAAUCUCAACCAGACCGGGUUCGAUAUUCUCUCCAACAUUGCGUCCGAGAUUCAACUUGAAGAACCUAGCGAGGACGCUGUAACAGAUCUGAUGGUUAAGUCUCUAACGAAAUGCAUUGGUGACCAGGACAGGUUCCAGGUCAUCUCCUCCCUGGACGUUCUCAACAAAUUGUGCGGGAUGCAGAGCAAUGAAGAGUUCCUUCAUAAGCUGUUAGAUAGUUCGGUCUACCGCCAGUUGAUUGAUUAUCUAUCUCUGCAUGAUAUUCAUCUACUGAUUGCUACACUUGAGUGCCUGUUUUCACUGUCCUCUCUUGGAGAACAGCCUUGUAAUUCUAUUGUGAAGACUCACAGUGCUAUUGAGCUGCUGGUCAGUCUGGUGACUGUUGAAGCGCAGAGCUAUGGACCUAAAGCUUGCAUUCUCAUGCGGGUUGUGGAAACUGUACCCCAGCCCGGGUCUCAGCCCACCUCCGCCCCAGCGGUGCCAACCCACUCGGCUCCACCUCCCGCCUCAACUCCCUCAACCAUUCAAGCCGCCACACCCAAACCUGUUCCCUACACUACGCCAAGUUUACCUAAUAACACAAGUUUACCCAAGCAGCCCCUCCCUCCAACUCCUCGUGCUGCUGGUCCAUCAAUAACUCCUCCCCCUCAACCUCAGCUUCCACCCCCCGGCUCCCAACAAGUUCAGCUCAAAGUGUCCAACGAUGAGCCCCACCGUAUAUUCUGUCUCUCUUGGCUAAAGGCCACCUACGAGACCUCCCCUGGUAAAAGUAUUGAGCAGAACAUCAUGUAUAAGCAGUACCUGGCCUCGAUGCACCGGAUGGGGAGGAAAGAGGUGAUUUCUGCACAGCACUACGCUCUCUGUAUCCGCACAUUGUUCGGUGGAAGCACAGGACCUAACAAGAAGCAGGUUGGAGAGAGGAUAGAAAACCAUUACACCGGUAUUCAGGUCCGUCAACAACCUCUACCCUUGAAGUUGACCCCGGCCCAGGCAGCUGCUGCUCAGGAGGCUAGCAGGGUGCAGGGUAGUCAGGUCACUAUUCAUCAACCACCAGGACAAACACAUCAGGUUCUGCUACAACAACAACAACAGCAACAACCUCUUCAACAACAAUUAAAGCCUAAUGUUGUCCAGUCUCAGCAACAGCUUCUUCAACAACAACCGCAGCUUGUUAAGCAUGUUGCUGUACAGGGCCAGCAACAACCGCAAUUAGUUCAGCAGCCCAACGUUGUUCAGCAACAGCCUCCAAUGAUCCAAGGACACCAAAUUGUUCCACAGAAAGCUAUUCAGAAUAAUCAGAUCCAGCAUGGACAUCAAUUAGGACAACCUGUUCAGCAACAACAGAUCGUUCAGCAAGGACAAAUUGUUCAAAAACAAGGACAAUUUGUGCAGCAACAAGGACAGAUUGUUCAGCAACAAGGACAUAUUGUGCAGCAACAAGGACAAAUGAUGCAGGUUGUAAACCAACAAGGCCAAGUUAUAAGCAAAGUUAUAAAUCAACAAGGAAAGGUUGUACAGCAAGGACAAGUACUACAGCAGGGCCAAAUCGUACAAGGACAACUUGUGCAACAAGGUCAGGUAGUACAACAAGGUCAGGUAGUACAACAGGGUCAAAUUGUACAGCAAGGACAAGUGCUACAGCAAGGACAAGUGCUACAGCAAGGACAAGUGCUACAGCAAGGACAAGUGCUACAGCAAGGACAAAUGCUACAGCAGGGACAAGUUGUUCAAAACGUUGUGAACUCUCAAGGACAAAUAAUUAAAAGAAUAAUCUCUCAACCAACUCAAGUUAUCCAACAACCUCGGAUAAUCCAGGGCGGCGUGGUCAUCUCCGGAGGUCAAACUGGAGGUCAACAGGUCCUUGUUCAGUCACAAGGACAGGUCAUGGUCCAGGGCCAAAUGAUCCAGACCAACGCUGGUCAGCAGCAGACCCUCAUCAGGACUACAGCAAGUCAGGUAGUGAAUACAGCUGUACAACCCACUUCUGCUGUACACACACCGGGUAGUGUACAGGCACAGCACAAUGUACAGUCUCAGCACAGCAAUAUUCUCAAAGACUUGCUUAACAAGUCCCCGCUCGUAUCGAGUGUAGAGAGAGGGCCUGAGGUGAUUCAACUUCCUACGGAGGAGAUCAUUGAGAACGGUGUUUCACCGUUAGAUGGAAUUCUGCCGAAGGAUCCUUCUUUUGGUAAAGUGUCUGAAACCCUCGAGGAACUGCUGGAGAAAAGAGAACCAAUGAACGGAGUUCUGUCCAAGGAUAAAUCUAAUCAUGUUGAUUACACUAAAAUAAAUGGAGAGAGUGGUAAACGGUUAGCCGAGGACAUUACACACAAUUUACCCGCCAAAAAACCUGCACUUGAAACCGUUUUGACCAAUGGGUUUACCAAUGGUCAAAUGAACGGUAACAUGAAGGCCGUUCUACCAGGAGGUCAGGUUGUUCAGGUCGUAACGACCAGUGGGGCUCAGAGCCAACUGAUCUCGGGUAAUGGUCAGCUUAUACAGAGCGGAGGACAAGUAGUUCAAUCCAGUAGUGGCCAAGUGCUUGUGAGUAGUUCAGGUCAUCUUAUUUUGACCACCCAAGCAGGAGGAGGUCAAGAACCACAAUUAAUACAGACCUCCAGCGGUCAGCUUUACCUUAAAACCACUCAGGGCAGCGGUAUUGUAUCCCAUACAGGGCAACAACAAGCGGGGGUCAUCGUUCAUCAGCAACCGCAAACAGUUCUGCUUCAACAGCAGCAACAACCUGUUAUUGUUCAACAACAACAGCAACAGCAGGCUGUUAUAGUACAGCAGGGUCAGCAGGGAAAGGCUAUGCUGAUAAUUCCCCAGGAGAAACAACAGCAAUUCAUUCAGCCGCAACAACAACAACAGUUUGCACAACAAUACACCCAGCCCCAACAGCAGAUAGUGCAGCAAGUGAUACAAACCAGUAACGGACCUCAAUUAGUUAGACAGGUUGUUGUUGCCUCUGGAAACUCCAACAACGCAGUUGUCCAUCCCUCCAACCUCCCUUCUACAGCAUCAACAACCAACCCUCAGACAGUUUCCUCUAUACCCAACGACCAACAGCAUUCUGACCAAACACAACUCAGAAGCAACACUCCAACACCUCUCACCAACGGACAAUCCACUCCUCCCUCCUCCAGUCCUGUUCCUUGUCCGUCCCCUCCCCCCGUCAAGAUAGAUCCAGGACGCCCCUUCCUCUGCGAAUGGUUGAAUUGUAUGAAAUCGUUUAAGACUCCGAAGGAGGUUGAACGGCACGCUAUCCAGGAGCACUGUCCACUGGGUAUGGAUGAGGAUAUGCCCUGUCUCUGGGCCCGUUGUGAUGGAAUGAGAAGGAAACGGUUUUCUCUGAUGACUCAUCUUCAAGAUAGACAUUGUCAUCCUCAGUUGAUGAAAUUGAUGGCGGUUCGGCGAGUACAGAUCAUGCAAUCCGGGAAAUCUGAUGUUCCCCUCCCCCCUGCCCCGCCUCCACACCCAGGGUACGCCCCCAACGCCGCCCUUCAUGCAAUUAAACGACAUGCCCAGGAAUUCAUCAGUCCGAAAGAAAAUGAGAUGCGAGAUGAGAAGGAAGGCCCUGUAACUAAAUCAAUCCGUCUCACUGCCUCCCUUAUCCUGAGGAAUCUAGUCAUAUAUUCUCAAAUCGGCAGAUCGCGACUGCGUGCCUAUGAAUCCCACCUGUCGACUGUCGCUCUGUCCAACGUAGAAUCCUCAAGAACUGUGUCGCAAAUCCUCUACGACAUGGCGAACUGCCAGGAAUUUCAAUAAAACCUCUAAUCUGCAGAAGAAGAAAUCCGUGGAAAUGCCGAGGAUUGAAAUUGGAAGGAGACAACAGUGAUAAUUGUGAAUAUUUAGCAUAUCUACAGUACACAG